GGGACGUUUUGCUGAGAGGUAUAUAAGGCCGCGCUGCCUCCACCUCAACACAGUCGACCAAGACACAGCAGAGCCAUGAAGACCAUGAUCGUUGUAGCAUUCCUGGCUGCCAUGUGCCUGGCGGCCACAAGCGCUGAGCCUUCCCCAGAUGCCGAACCCGGCUUCAGGGGAGGUUUCGGUGGAGGAUUCGGUAGAGGCUUCGGUGGAGGAUUCGGAAGAGGCUUCGGAGGAUAUGGAGGAUACCGUGGAAAGAGGAGUGCUGAAGCUGACCCUGAGCCCGCUGCUGAUCCUGAAGCUGAUCCCGGUUACUUUGGUAGAGGAUUUGGUGGAGGCUUCGGUGGGGGCUUCGGUCGCUUCGGUGGUGGCUUCGGAGGAUAUGGAGGAUACCGUGGAAAGAGAAGUGCUGAAGCUGACCCUGAGCCCGCUGCAGACCCUGAAGCCGAUCCCGGUUACUUUGGUAGAGGAUUUGGUGGAGGCUUCGGUGGUGGCUUCGGUCGCUUCGGCGGUGGCUUCGGAGGUUUCGGUGGUGGAUAUGGACGAGGAGGCUUUUAUGGUUGAUCACCUUGUGUCAAGUCCGCCACAUUCCUGAUAACUUCUUCACUCUCUCAGUGUGAAAAUGUAAAAUAUACAAGUAAAUACAAAA